CUCUUUCCUUUGCUGCUCUUCUUCUCCAAUGGCCGAUUCUAUUUCCAGGAUAACCUCCAUGCUUGAGUCUGCCAGAGACUUGACCUUUGAGACUGCUGCUGCUGCAUCCUCAAAGUUGGUAGAAACUCCUUCUCAUCUACGUCCAAAGCAAAUAUCAAAGUUCUUGAAUUCGCCUUUAGAGAGAGAUAAAUUGAUUGGUUUAAAAUGCUUGUUCUCUCUAAUGUCCAAUUCAAAUAACAACUCAACCACUUCCAACACAAACGAUCUUCUACUAUCCUUCUUUCCUGAUGUCAUUAAGAAUAUCACUUCUCCCAAUAUCAAAAUCAAAAAAUUGAUCUAUAUCUACUUGUUAAGAUUCGCCGAUUUGCAACCAAACACAACUCUAUUGUCCAUCAACUCUAUCCAAAAGGAUUUGUCUAACAAUGAUCCCAAUAUAAGGUCUUUAUCCUUAAGAACCUUAUCAAACAUUAAAAUCCAGGCAAUUAUCCCCAUAAUCAUCUUAUCUAUCAAAAACUCAAUCAAUGAUUUAUCUCCCAAUGUUCGGAAAUCUUGCUCAAUUGCAAUCUCAAAUCUAUUCAAUAACUUCAACUCUUCAUCAAUCUUGGAGAAAAAAAAUUUAUUAUCCUUUUUAUCCACUCUAUUAAACGAUUCCCAUAUUUCGGUCUUAAAUUCUUCAAUUUUGACUUUUAAUAAAGUUUGUCCCAAUAAUUUUAAGUUAAUCCAUAAAAAUUUCCACUUUUAUAUAAAUAAUUUAAAUCAAUUCGACGAAUGGACUCAAGCUAUUUUAAUUCAAACUUUAACUAAUUAUUCAAGGUUUUUCCUUAAGAGACCAAAAAUUAUAUCUUUAAGAGAUAAUUCAAUGAUUUCCCCCCUACCUGAAUUUUCAAUUUCAAACUCGUUUUCAAAUUCUCUUUCUUUCAAUUCAAUUGACUAUACAACCCAAUAUGAUGAUCAUGAUUUACUAUUGUUUUUAAAUUCAUUGCAAUUCUUAUUUUACUCAAGAAAUGAUGCUGUCAUCCUAUCAAUAACUAGAGCAAUAUUAUCCCUAUCUUCUCCUUUGGAUUUUUCAUCUUAUAAAUUAAAUCAAUCCCUAAUAAAACUAUUAAAAUCAAACUUAUUAGCACGAGAAAUUAAAUUACUAAUUUACAAAAUUAUCUAUUCCAUAAAUUUAAUUUCUUCUAAUCUUAUCAACUCUCAAAAUAUUUCAAUCUUUAAAAAUUAUUUAAACCAUUUUUAUUUAUUACCAAAUGACCCCCCAAAAUUAUCAAAAAUAAAAUUAGACAUUUUGAUAUCUUUAAUCGACGAUUCAAAUGUUUUACAAAUCAUAAAAGAAUUAAAAUAUUAUGCUCUAUUUUCAAAAAAUAAAAUUGUCGCCAACUAUUCUGUCAUCUCCUUUGGAAAAAUUGCUCAAUUAACUAAUUUAUCAAUCGACUACUCCCCAACUAUUCUAAAUUGGUUACUAAAACAAAUUAAUUCAAAAAAAUCAAUCAGCAAACAAAGAAUCCUAAAUGAAUGUCUUAAUGUUGUCAGAUCUUUUAUUCAAAAAGAUCCCCAUAAUAAUAUCAAAACUGUUGUACAAUUAUCAAAAAUUAUUUUAAAUGAUUAUGAAUCCUUUUUUAAUGACACUCAAGAUCAAAAAAAACCUCAAGAUUCAAUUCCAGAUUCAGAUUUUGCAAACGAAACUGAUACCCCAGACAAAGAAGCCGAUAAUCUUGAAAAUCAAAAACUAAAUUCUAAAGCAAAAUCAAGUAUCAUUUGGUUAAUUGGGGAAUUUAUUCCUUUAAUCCCAAAGAUUCUACCCAAUUUUUUAAGAAUUUUAAUUAAAAAUUUUAAAAAGGAAAAAUCCUUUAGAGUAAGAUAUCAAAUUUUAUUAUUAGCUUCUAAAUUCUUGUCCUAUGAUUAUGAUUUAUAUAAAAAAGUUAAUCAAGUUGAUUCAAUUGAAAAUUAUCCAAGAAUUAAUAAUCCUGUUUAUCAAAACUAUUUAUAUUUAAUUCAACUAUGUAAAUAUGAUGAUAAUUAUGAUAUAAGAGAUAGAACAAGAUUAUUUAAUAAAAUCUUAUUAGAAAAUGAUGAUAGAAAUGAAAUUGCUACUUUAUUAUUGCAAGUGAAAAAACCGAUUUCAAAAAUUUCCACAAAUAGAACAAAAAUCAGUAUCAAUGUUAAUGAUAAUGAUAAUGACAAUGACAAUGAUAAUGAUAAUGAUAAUGAUAGUGAUAGUGAUAAUAAUAAUAAUGAUGGUCAUAAUAGUAGUCAAAGAGAAAACAUUCUAUUUCUGUAUUUAUCUGUUCCCCCAUGGGCUGAUCAAAAAACAUUGCCAGAUCCAUCAAUACGUCAACCUAAUACCGAUAAAUCUAUUCAAACCCAAACCAACCAAAUUCAAUACAAAGAUACUCGCCAAAAUUUUGGCAAUAACUUGUCUAGUAAUGGUAUUCAAACAAACACUAGAGAUACUCUUCAAAUUAAAGAUGAACAACUUAGAAAUAAAUAUAAAAUUCAAACAUUAGAUGAAUUUUUUGCCGAAAAUGAUGAAAAAAUAAUCGAAGAUUUCAACUCCGAACACAAACAUUUUGAGGAAACUGAAGAUGAUGAUAGUAGCGAAGCUGAGUAUGAUGAGUAUGAAGUCGAUACUGAUGAUAGUGAAGAUGAUAGUGAAGACGAUAGCGAAGACGAUGCUGAAAAUGAUAUCGGAGAUAGCAAGAAUGAUAAUCAAAAAAGUUAUAAUAACGGAAAUGACCAAUAUUCUCAAAUUAUUUAUCAGGCAGAUGAAGAAGUUGAUGAGAAGGAAAAAAUGUUAAAAUAAAUCCCAUAGAUUUACCCUAAGGUCGGAAUUACACCUUUUGAUGAUAUUAUAGAUUGAAAGUUUACAUUUGCAGUUAAUCAACUUGAAUCAUUUGGCAAUCGAGACUAAAGAUGGGAAACGUUUACCUUUAACUCUUUUUUUAAAGUCGAUGUUGUUGAUGGAGAGAUUCAAAGUUGGACUAUCGCUUUAGUAAAUAUAGUAUGUCAAAUCUACCUAAUGAUCAG